UUUAAAUGUAUUUGGCUAAGGUAUAUGUAAACUUCCGACUUCAACUGUAUGUAGCUCCAGGGGUCCUGCUGUCUGGACCUAUGAAUGUGAGGGUGGAUUACGACCUAAAAGACCAGAGGAUCUCUGUAACGUGGGAAGAUGACCCUUCUUCCUCCAGAGUAGCGGACAAACUGAUUUAUGAUGUGGAGGUUCUCAUAACACACAAUAUGAAAGAAGUACACAAUGUGAGUGUUUGUUAUAUCAAGGAAUAAUAUGCACAUUACAACAAUGGACCUUCUUAUUACAACUGGAUGCUAUUGCAAGGUUAUUAUAUAGUAGUAAGUAUAGUACCAGUGACUGGUUGUGGGUGUGGGUGUCCUCAGGAAGCUGUGGAUGUCACACCAGACCAGGUUGGCAGUAAACAUCACUCUAAUUGGACCUCUGCUUUACCCCUAGAGUGCACCGCCCACUCAGUCAGGCUCCGCUCCUGAUACCAGAACUACACCAGUCAAUGGAGCCCCUACAGAACAUCACUGGUUAGUGUUUGUAUUUCACGUCACACACACACACACACGCACACAGACACGCACACAGACACGCACACAGACACACACACAGACACACAAUGUUGGUCAUUCAAAUCAGUAACCUUAUUAUUUUCUACAGGGAUAGCCUCAUCAUCACAUCCACAGGUUUACCCAAAGAGCAGAGUGGUUCAAGUCGAUAGCAACUUCACCUUCUGCUGUAUUCUUGGGACAGAGACUUGAAUACAUGAAAUACAACAGCAUUGUAAUGAACACCACUCACAUCAGUGACCAGAGCUAUGCCAUGGUUGUGCACAUGAAGUCUCCCUCUCCACCCAGUUGCUUCAAUGUCUACUGUAAUUCAAUUAUGUAUGGCACCUGUGUUCACGUGGGAUGUAAGUAUUAACUGCUUGUAAGCCACCCUCUUACCAAUCUAAGAUAAUCUAACAGCUGAACAACUCUCUAGUCCCUUGCGUUACUGUGCAGUUAACUUCAUCAUUUGAGUGUAAUCAUCAAGGAAAUGACACGUGUUUAAAACUAGAGAUCUAUAAUUAAAUUCACUUCACAAUUGAAUUAUAGGAUCUAUAUGGCUGCAUUCACACAGGCAGCCCAAUUCUGACUUUUUGCCCAAUUAUUACUAUUAUUAAUAUUAUAUAUCUGAUUGUGAAAGAAAUAUCUGAAUUGGGCUGCAUGUGUAAACGCAGCCUUUGUGUUCAAACCUCAUCCUCUCUGCAGACCCCCCUGGUGACAGGAACCUUGUAUGUGAGACCCGGGACCUGGAGUCAGUGGAGUGUCACUGGGACACAGGAAGGGCAACCAAUCUGACUAAACAGAGGAAGACUUGUUAUCACCUGAAUGGAAGGUACAGGACAGUACAGUACUGUAACAGAUACAAUCAUUUAUUCACCAACGUUUUGACAGCAAGCUGUCUUCAUUAGGGUACAGCACUACCCAGGCCAUGCUAUCAUUGAUAUCUGUCACGACUUCCGCCAAGGCUGCCUCCCCUCCUUGUUCGGGCAGGCUUCAGCGCUCGUCGUCACCGGCUUACUAACCACUGCCGCUCCUAUAUUCAUCAUUCCAUAUGUCUUGUCUUGUCAUUACACACACCUGGUUCUUAUCCCCUCGUUAGUCCGUGUAUAAGUGUUCCCUCUGCCCCCUUGUCCUUGUGGGUGAUUGUUUAAUUGUGAGAGCAGUGUAGUUCGGUGGAGCUACUCGUAACAUUUUGUUGCCAAGGUAGAUAUUUCCCCUCUGCCUGUUUCGUUUGUCACUAUUCCAGCGCAUUUGUGUGUAAAGACGGAAUAAACUCUGUAUUCGGUGAAUACCCUCCUGCGCUUGACUCCUUCCAUCACACUCACCACAAUAUCAUUGUGUAAUAAUCACUGGAGGUGACAUUGUAAAUGUACUUUUCAGAGCUUGUCCAAACGAUACAGUCUCAAACUGCUACCAAACACUACGUGUGGAUCAGGGGGAGAGGAAUUGGAUAUUGACUGCCAGAAACCCGCUCGGCACACUGGAGCUCAAAGACACAGCUGACCUGAAGAAAAGAGGUAGAGUAGUGUGAUAGCUACUCCUCACACACUGCAUACAAAUCUAUUCCUUACUCUCAGUCUUGAUUUACAAGGCCAUUGAAUGUUGUGUGGUUCAACAUUCCAGUGCGUUUAAUGGCUCCCAUGGAAGUGGUAGCUUCAGAUGUGAAUGCCAGAAAUGCCUGUGUUCAGUGGGACUGGGAUAGGCAGCAGUACAAUAUAGUAUUAAUUGUUUGCCAAAUACAGCUGGACCACAGUGGACACAUACGCAUGGUGAGUUACAGUAGGACACCUACAGUAGAAUGGUUCACCCAUUCACAAAGUCUGAACAAUAGAGUUAUUAACUAGGCAUUACUAAUGCCACACCCAUUUACAUUCUAUUCACAGAGGAAAUAUUCUGGUAUAGGUCUUGCAUCAGUAGUUUCACAUGGCCUAGCACCUGCCCAGACAUACAUAGUGCAGGUGCGUUGUGGAUUAAAACAGCACUUCUGGAAAUGGGGCAACUGGAGUACCUUACAAACCAAAGAGGACAGUGAGUAUCCUAUCCCUACACAACUACAUACACACACCUUUUCAAAUAUGAGUAAAUAGGAAGACAGAUUACACACACACAGUCUGUGUAAAGAUUUCAGUGUGCAUUGUAUUUGAUCACAUAAAGUUCACAAUUUCUAUGUCAUUGUGUGUUUUUUUGUCCCAGUUCCUGAAGUGUUAGAUGUAUGGAUGCAGAUUGAGGGGAACCAAACCAUUAUAAUAUGGAAAGUAUGUUUUGAAGAUUGUGUGGACACUAUAUGUACUAUUGGUCAUGCUUCAGUACAGCACAUUAUGGAACUGGGCUGAUAAUCAAGACUUGAAUUAGACAUUGAUAAUAUCAAACCGAUUAUGAUUUUCAUUCUUCCUCUUUUAGCCACUUACAGUGAAACAGAGUCAUGGGCAGAUCAAGGACUAUGAGGUGACCUGGGGAAGGCAGAAUACCAUUGUCCAUCCACCUCAGCAUGACUUUCUCCUCAGUGAUCAAUUCACCAAUGAGGGACAAAGAGUCACAGUUACAGCCCGAAACUCUGCUGGCAGCUCCUCCCCCUCUAUCAUCACUAUUCCCAGGCUCCCUCACAGAAUGAAACGCUCCAUGAAAAUUGUUGGCCGUGAUGGUGGGUUUGACCUAUCCUGGUCUGCUAGCCCCAAUGCUAGCUGUUACUUCGUGGUGGACUGGUGUCCCACAUACAGUGAAUGCAGACUGGAGUGGAAGAAGGUACCAACUGAUAUAACCAGCGCCAGAAUCCAAUCAGGUAAGAAGGCACAUCUUUGAUUAACCUUAGUAAGGGGAUGGUGUGUUGAAAUUGCUUAAACAGCAUGUCACAAGGUAAAUGCUUUUUAUUUAUUAUUGUAAUAUCUUUGGAGUUUGGUUUGUGAAAAAUUUGUAAACCUUCUUGCCCUCGUCCCGGUUCCUCAAUCCCAGCUAGCUUUGAAGAGGGGGUGAGAUACACACUCUCCCUCUAUGCCUGUACUCCACGGGUCCCAGAGCUACUGGAGAAAUGGGACGGCUAUGUGAAAGAGUUAGGUAAGGAUCCACUCUUCUGACUUAAUAAUUCAAUCCAGAAUUCUUCAUGCACUUUCCUCUUGCUACAGUAUUUGACCCGUCCCUCUCCAUCUUUGCUCAUUAGUUCCAAAUGGACAGAUUCGGGGUUUGGCUGCAGAACAGCAUGGUUCAGACACUGUUCUGAUCUCCUGGACUGGUAUUCCCCCUGAGAAUCAGACUGCGUUAAUUUGUGGUUACAUCAUAUACUACUCUGAUAUCUCCCAUCCUUCCAGCAUGAGAGCUUUCAAUGUCACUAUAGGUAUGAUGACACACAUACCCAGAGAGAGGAUGUAUUGUAUUCAAUAGUAAAUUGAAUACAUUGAAACAUCUUGUUGCGCUUUCUUUUUAUUUUAUUUUUAUUUUUUUGUCUUCUCUGAUGGCCAGAUGAGGCUAAGGCCAAUAACCUGACAGGCCUACCUAUCAGCUCCUACAGAUUCAUAGUGAAGGCCCUCACAUCAGUAGGGGAGGGUGGAGAGUCUUCACCAGUCUUCGUCCAAAUGGUCCCACAGAGUAUGUCCUGACCUAUUCAGUUGAUGUGUAUUUGUAUUGCUGCUGCUUUGUAAAAGGCUGUAACUUUCUGACUACAUUCCACAGCUGAUCAGUUGAUCACAGUGAUCAUCAUUUCCUUGGGUUUGGCUGCCUGUCUCCUCACGCUGGUCACCAUCUUAUGCUACAAAUACUGGAAAUGGUAGGAAUACGUUUACUGUCAUGUUGUCAAAUGCUUUUGCAAAGACAGCUCCCACUCCAUUGUUGGCUAUUAUUUCCAGGACAUGUCCAUGUUACUGUUUUAUCAACUAUUUAUGUUAUUGUGUCAACAGUUUGAAAGAGAAGCUGUAUCCUAAAAUUCCAAAGCCAGUGUGGAAGUAGGAAUGGUUGACACCACUGGUAGGUCCUCAGUCCCACCCAAUCUUAUUUUUGCGUAUACAGUGCCUUUGGAAAGUACUCAGACUUUUUCCACAUUUUGUUUGCCUUAUUCUAAAAUUGAUUAAAUAAAUACAAAUCAUCAGCAAUCUACACACAAUACCCCAUAAUGACAAAGCGAAAACAGAUGUUUUGAAACUUUUGCAAAUGUAUAAAAUAAAAAAAACGGAAAUACCUUAUUUACAUAAGUAUUCAGACCCUUUGCUAUGAGACUCGAAAUUGAGCUCCAAUGCAUCCUGUUUCCAUUGAUCAUCCUUAAGAUAUUUCUACAACUUGAUUGGAGUCCACCUGUAGUAAAUUCAAUUGGCAAUAUAAGGUCCCACGGUUGACAGUGCAUGUCAGAGCAAAGACCAAGCCAUGAGGUCAAAGGAAUUGUCCGUAGAGCUCCGAGACAGGAUUGUGUCGAGGCACAGAUCUGGGGAAGGGUACCAAAAAAUGUCUGCAGCAUUGAAGGUCCCCAAGAACACAGUGGCCUCCAUCAUUCUUAAAUGGAAGAAGUUUGGAACCACCUAGACUCUUCCUAGAGCUGGCCGCCCGGCCAAACUGAGCAAUCGGGGGAGAAGGGCCUUGGUCAGGGAGGUGACCAAGAACCCGAUGAUCACUCUGACAGAGCUCUAGAGUUCCUCUGUGGAGAUGGGAGAACCUUCCAGAAGGACAACCAUCUCUGCAGCAUUCCACCAAUCAGGCCUUUAUGGUAGAGUGACCAGACGGAAGCCACUCCUCAGUAAAAGGCACAUGACAGCCCGCUUGGAGUUUGCCAAAAGGCACCUAAAGACACUCAGACCAUGAGAAACAAGAUUCUCUGGUCUGAUGAAACCAAGAUUGAACUCUUUGGCCUGAAUGCCAAGCGUCACGUCUGGAGGAAACCUGGCACCAUCCCUACGGUGAAGCAUGGUGGUGGCAGCAUCAUGCUGUGGGGAUGUUUUUCAGCUGCAGGGACUGGGUGAGUAGUCAGGAUCGAGGCAAAGAUUAACGGAGCAAAGUACAGAAAGAUCCUUCAUGAAAACCUGCUCCAGAGCGCUCAGGACCUCAGACUGGGGCGAAGGUUCACCUUCCAACAGGACAACGACCCUAAGCACACAGCCAAGGAGUGGCUUCGGGACAAGUCUCUGAAUGUCCUUGAGUGGCCCAGCCAGAGCCCAGUCUUUGGACCCGAUCGAACAUCUCUGGGGAGACCUGAAAAUAGCUGUGCAGCAACGCUCCGCAUCCAACCUGACAGAGCUUGAGAGGAUCUGCAGAGAAGAAUGGGAGAAAAUCCCCAAGUACAGGUGUGCCAAGCUUGUAGCGUCAUACCCAAGAAGACUCGAGGCUGUAAUCACUGCCAAAGGUGCUUCAACAAAGUACUGAGUAAAGGGUCUGAAUACUUAUGUGAUAUUUCCAUUUUUUUAAUUUUUAAUACAUUUUCAAAAAGGUCUAAAAACCCGUUUUUGCUUUGUCAUUAUGAGGUAUUGUGUGUAGUUUGAUGAGGGAUUUAUUAUUUUUUAAAAUCAAUUUUAGAAUAAGGCUGUAACUUAACACAAUUUUGAAAAAGUCAAGGGGUCUGAAUACUUUCCGAAUGCACUGUCACUACACUGAAAAAAAAUAUAAACGCAACAUGUAAAGUGUUGGUCCCAUGUUUCAUGAACUGAAAUAAAAGAUCCCAGAAUUGUUCCAUACACACAAAAGGCUUAUGUCUCAAAUUUUGUGCACAAAUUUGUUUACAUCCCUGUUAGUGUUGCCAAGAUAAUCCAUCCACCUGACAGGUGUGGCAUAUCAAGAAGCUGAUUAAACAGCAUGAUCAUUAUUACACAGGUGCACCUUGUGCUGGGGACAAUAAAAGGUCACUCUAAAAUGUGCAGUUUGGUCACACAACACAAUGCCACAGAUGUCUCAAGUUUUGAGGGAGCAUGCAAUUGGCAUGUUGACUGCAGGAAUGUCCACCAUAGCUGUUGCCAGAUAAUUAAAUGUUAAUUUCUCUACCAUAAGCUGCCUCCAAUGUCGUUUUAGAGAAUUUGGCAGUAUGUCCAACAGGCCUCACAACCACAGACGACGUGUAUGGCGUCGUGUGGGACAGCAGUUUGCUGAUGUCAACGUUGUGAACAGAGUGCCCAAUGGUGGUGGUGGGGUUAUGUUAUGGGCAUGCAUAAGCUACAGACAAAGAACACAAUUGCAUUUUAUCGAUGCCAAUACCGUGACGAGAUCCUGAGGCCCAUUGUUAUGCCAUUCAUCCGCUGCCAUCACCUCAUGUUUCAGCAUCAUAAUGCACGGCCCAUGUCGCAAGAAUCUGUAGACAAUUCUGAAAACGUCACAGUUCUUCCAUGGCCUGCAUACUUACCAGACAUGUCACCCAUUGAGCGUGUUCCAGUUCCCGCCAAUAUCCAGCAACUUUGCACAGCCAUUGAAGAGGAGUGGGAUAACAUUCCACAAGCCACAAUCAACAGCCUGAUCAACUCUAUGCGAAGGAGAUGUGUCGCGCUGCAUGAGGCAAAUGGUGGUCACACCAGAUACUGAUUUUUUUUUUAAAGGUAUCUGUGACCAACAGAUGCAUAUCUGUAUUCCCAGUCAUGUAAAAUCCAUAGAUUUGGGCCUCAUUAAUUUAUUUCAAUUGACUGAUUUCCUUAUAUAAUCUGUAAAAAAAAAAAUAUGUUGCAUGUUGCGUUUAUAUUUUUGUUCAGUAUAGAACCCUACACUAGAAAGCAGUACUUGCUGCAGGUAUAUCCUGAUUAGGGUUGCAAAAUUCCGGUAACUUUCCUCCCUGUUUUUCCAGAAAUCCUGGUGGGAGGAUUCCCAGAGGUCCUCCUUAUUUCUUCUUAAUUCCAGGAAUCUUCCAAGCAGGAGUUCCUGGAAAACCGGGGAAUUUUGGGAAAGUUACCGGAAUUUUGCAACCCUGUCUUUCUUUACCUGUUUUCCAGGAGGACCAUGGCUGCCAUAUCCUCUAUGUGGAUCCAUGUCAUCCCAGUGAGAUUGAUAUAGUGGGUGACCCAGAGCAGUCUUGUGAAGCUGCACCAGAGAAUGAAGCUGGAAACAAGAUGGAGGAGGGUGCCAUAACCAGCAUAUACUCAGAUGUCCCAGCUCCUCAUGUAUACUACAACCAGCGCCUGAGCAAGACCCCUCCAGGACACUCCACCAUCUCCUUUCCUCACACAACGGGGUCUCCAUCCUCUCCAAGCUCAGGCACAGCAAUCCAGAACCCCUCAUACAACCUAGCAGUACAGACUGUUUUAGAUAUG